AUGAAUACUAUCCAAACAUUAAAUGAUAAAGUCAUCCGAGCUGUGAAUGAUACUGAAAAAAUAGUUAUAACUGAAACAACCACAGUAACAUUAAAAUCGGAGAAAAAGAUUUUCAUUAGUGAUAAUAUUGAUAAGUUUGACAAGAGAAAUGUACUUCCUAAAACUAUUAAUUCAAAAAUACAACAUCAGCAAUAUAAUUCAAUAUUUAAUGAUUAUGCCUAUUCUUGGUCACCCACUUCCUUCCAAUCGGUUACAUCGUCGUCGUACAACAUUCCAAAUAAAUGGAAAUCACAUUUGGAUGAAAAAGAGCAAGAAAAAUUUCCAGCCUAUCAGCGAACAUUUUAUGAUAAACAUAUUCCUUUUCAGUUUAAUAAGCAAACCGUAUACCGAAAUAAAACUGAAAACGAUCAAGCGAAAGGCAUGAUGUUAAGUGAAAGUUUCUUAUCCAUUGAACAUGAAGAAGAACAGGAUUUUGAGGACGAAAAGACAAUAACAGAUACCGGUAGAGACUUAGAAGAUAUGAUGGAUGAGUUCUACGAGUUACCGUAUUUUGACAAUCAGCAACCAAAAACAUCUAACAAAUCAAAUCAAGCGUAUCAGUCAAAUUUAGAUAUGAAUGUUAGAUCAAGAGCAAACAAUGAUGAAGCGAAUAUAAAUGAUAUGGAAGAACACGUACGAGAAAAACAAAAUGAUCAGUAUAUUAUUGAAAAGAAAAAAGGUAAAAGACAAGCAACAAAAUCUAACUCUUCACCUGACAAAAUGAAAAUAACAGAAAAGGUUUUUGAUUCACAACUAGAAUCAUUGAAAGAUUCUGUUGAACAAUCAUCUCAAAUGAAGAGUUUGCUAAUCCCAUUAGUGAACAAACAACGCUACGUGGUAAAUCAUGAUGAAAUACUUGCUCAAGAUAAAAGUCAUUGCCUUCAAACCGAUAUGUCAUCACAAGAGGUGUCGUAUGAUGAUUAUCUACGUUCGAUUAUUGCUGAACCGCUGACACAUGCUCUAGUCAAUGUCUCUCAAUAUCGUCCAGAAGACAGUAUUGAAUAUAUUUCUAAAUUUUUACGAGAUUGGGCAGAAACAAGUCAUUAUAAUAAUGUUAUUCACAAUGAAACAAAAUUAACGUUAACAAACAUUGAAAUUCAUCGGGAGAACUGUCUACUUAAUCAUAAACAUCAAAAACAUGAUAAACUAUUUAAAUUAAAAGCUCAAGAAAAUAUUCGAAAUGCUAUGCAACUAGAAUAUGAUCGAAAUUUGUAUCAUAAUAGUCAAUGGGUUCAAUUGAUCGAUAUGAAAAAUGAUGACGAACGAGAACCUGCAUCAAUUCAUCAACAUUUUCUAGUCGAUUUAUUACACCAACAACAGACACAACAACAAUUUAAACAGAACAAAACAGCACAACAUAUUCAUUAUCAUGAAACAAGUACAAAUACCGCAAAUGAGCAACAAAUAAGAGAUGAAGUGACUUCAUUAAAAAAUGAACGGGGAUGUGGUGAUACGAUAACAUUAGCCACAUACUUUUCUAACUUGAAAAAUAAAUUAAUAAAUUGUGAUCCAUAA